AUGGCAGGUGAUAUCACAUAUGCAGACGUGGCAAUGCUACCGAGGGAAAGACCACACAUUCCUUCUCAGACAUCAGUUCCAGGAAACACGAUCACAUACGCUGAGCUACGUGUGAAGCCGAAACCCAAAGGGAGCAGCAGAUCAGAGACUUCCGCUUCUGGCUGCCGAGGCAGGCGCUCAGCCUGGUUCUACACGGCACUGGUCCUGGGAGUCCUUGUGCUCGUCCUGCUAAGUGUCGUAGCCGUACUAGCCAAGCAAUUUUUGAAGUGCAGAGCAGGAAAAUCAGAAAGUUUGUCCCAUAUUGGUCUAAAUAGCACUGCCAAUCACACCUCUUCAGAGAAGACUGUCUCGACAGCGCUCCUGAAAUGGCUCAUGGAGGAACUGUGUGAAGAUGGACAGGAAAGAACAUGCGAGCUGUGUCCUCCUGGGUGGCAAUUGCACAGGGGCAGAUGCUACUACUUCUCCGAGGAGGCUGUAAGCUGGGAUGACAGCCAGAGAAACUGUCUGGCCAGGAAAUCCCAGCUUCUUGUUAUCGAAGAUGAAAUUGAGAUGGAAUUUAUAGACAAUAAAGAGAAAGAUACCAAAUAUAUCUGGAUUGGGUUGAAGAUUCCAGAAAUGAAGAAACAACAGAGUUCAACUGAAGAUCCUAGAGUAAAAGAAAACAGGAAAGCUAUAAAUAGAAUUGAGACUGACAAGAACUGUGCUGUCUACAGAAGAAAAAACAUGAUCCAAGUAGAUAACUGCCAGACUUUAAAGAAAUGGAUCUGUAAGAAGAAUGCAACUUUGUUGGUGCUUUGAGCCAAAUCAUAGAAUCAUAGAAUAGGUAGGGUUGGAAAGGACCUUAAGAUCAUCUAGUUCCAACACCCAAUCAUCAGACAACAGGCAGAGCUUUUUUUCAGAAGACCCAUUUUACUGAUAAAACAACAUGUGAUAUAAAUAAUUCUAAGAGACUUGCACAGAAAUUUGCAUUUUGCUGUUCUGUGCUCCCUAAGACUUUGUUUGGAUGCAAACAGGGAACUCUGAAGUUGACAGGUGCCUGUGUGAAGGUCAUGCAACAGGACUG